UCAAAUACAACACCUAAUUAAUCUAAUAUAAACUAAAAUCAACGUUGAAUAACAGUAACAGUUUUUAUAUAAAUAAGGUUAAACCCCAGUUAAAUCACCUAACAACUUGAUAAAAUAACCUAUCAGUAUUGCUAUUUAUCCUUUCAAUCCAUUUACCUAAUUUGGAAAUCAGACAUUUAUUUUUACUAGUUUUAGCUUGUGACAAUUUCUCGUUCUCUGUUUCUCUGUUUAGUGGUCUUUUUAAUUUUUUAAUUUUUUUUUCAGUCGUUCCUGCCCCACCAAAGGAAGACAAAAAAAAUCACUGGAUCAACAGAAGUUACGUGGUUGAAAUAAAUAGUUAUUCAUUCGUCAUUCCAGUUUCAUAAAUUCAAUCUAGUGAUUAAUCAGUAGUGUCUGGUACUUACUGUUUAGGGAACAAGAAUAGAAUAUCAUAGAAACUUAACAUCACAUCAUAUCACAUCACAUCAUGGCCUUAGAUACUUUGGAUUUAUCUGUGUUUAUCGCAUUAGCCGUUGCAGUCUUAGCUUACUUCAGUAAACUGUAUUUCAUCCCUGCUAAGGAUGAUACGGGAUUCUUACCAGCUGCUAGUCUUUCGGGAAGAAACUUGUUGGAAAAUGUUAAGAAUAAUAACAAAAACUCCAUUAUCUUUUAUGGAUCUCAAACUGGUACUGCUGAAGAUUAUGCUUCUAAAUUAUCCAAAGAAUUAAGUUCAAAAUUUGGAUUGAAAACUAUGACAGUUGAUUUCUCUGAUUACGAUUUUGAUAACUUUGGUGAUAUCUCUGAUGAUAUCUUAUGUUUCUUCUUGAUUGCUACUUAUGGUGAAGGUGAACCAACUGAUAACGCUGCUGAAUUUUUUGAAUGGUUAGAAAAUGAAGCUGAUACUUUAUCAUCUUUAAAAUAUACCGUGUUUGGAUUAGGUAAUUCAACUUAUGAAUUUUAUAAUUCAAUGGGAAGAAAAUUAAAUGAAAAAUUAGAAUCUUUAUCAGCUGAAAGAUUCUCAGCUUAUGCUGAAGGUGAUGAUGGUAAAGGUACUUUAGAUGAAGAUUUCUUAUCUUGGAAAGAUUCUGUAUUUGAUUCAUUAAAGAAUGAUUUGAACUUUGAAGAAAAAGAAUUAACUUAUGAACCUGGUUUAAAACUUGAAGAAAGUGAUUUCUUAACUACUGAUGAUUUAUCUGUCGCCUUAGGUGAACCAGAUAAAUCUUAUGUUAAUUCAUCCACUGAUUUAACUAAAGGUCCAUUUGAUCAUAGUCAUCCAUAUUUAGCUCAAGUAACUCAUUCUAAAGAAUUAUUCCAAACUAAAGAUAGAAGUUGUGUUCAUAUUGAAUUUGAUAUUUCAAAUUCAAACUUGAGAUAUUCUACUGGUGAUCAUUUAGCUGUUUGGCCAUCAAAUUCUAAUGAAAAUAUAGCUACUUUUGUUAAAGCUUUUGGUUUAGAAGAUAAACUUGAUACCGUAUUUGAAUUAAAGAAAUUAGAUUCAACUAUUUCAAUCCCAUUCCCAACCCCAACUGCUUAUGGUGCUGUCAUUAGAAAUCAUUUAGAAAUCUCAGGUCCAAUUUCAAGACAAUUCUUAUUAUCAAUUGCUGGCUUUGCACCUGAUGUUGAAAGUAAACAAAAAGUUACUCAAAUCGGUAAUGAUAAAGUAUUAUUUGCUGAAAAAAUCACUUCUAAAUUAUUAAAUAUUGCUGAUGCUUUACUAUUAAUUUCUAAUCAAAAAUCAUGGACAGGUGUUCCAUUUGAAUUCAUCAUUGAAUCCAUUUCUCAUUUACAACCUCGUUAUUAUUCCAUUUCAUCUUCAUCAUUAAGUGAAAAAACCAAUAUUAAUAUAACUGCUGUUAUUGAAGCUGAAACCAAAGAUAAUCAAUUGGUUACUGGGGUUGUUACCAACUUAUUAAAGAAUAUUGAAAUUUCUCAAAAUAAAUCAUCGGAUAAACCUAUUGUUACUUAUGAUUUAAAAGGUCCAAGAGGAUUAUUUUCAAAUUAUAAAUUACCCGUUCAUGUUAGAAGAUCCACGUUUAAAUUACCUUCCAAUCCAAAUAUUCCUGUUAUUUUAGUAGGACCAGGUACUGGUGUAGCACCAUUAAGAGGUUUUAUUAGAGAUAGAGUACAACAAAAGAAGAAUGGUUCAGGAGUUGGAGAAACUAUUUUAUUCUAUGGAUGUAGAAAUCAACAUGAAGAUUAUUUAUAUAAAGAAGAAUGGCCACAAUAUGCUAAAGAAUUAGGAGAAAAAUUUGAAAUCAUUACUGCUUUUUCAAGACAAGAUCCUUCUAAGAAAGUUUAUGUUCAACAUAAAUUAUUAGAACAAAGUUCAAAGAUUAAUAAAUUAUUAGAUAGUGGUGCAUUCGUUUAUGUUUGUGGUGAUGCUUCUCAUAUGGCUAGAGAUGUUCAAGCUAGUUUUGCUAAAAUUUUAGCCGAAGGUAGAGGUAUUUCUGAAGAAAAAGCGGGUGAAUUAAUUAGAUCAUUUAAAGUUCAAAAUAGAUAUCAAGAAGAUGUAUGGUAAGUACGAUUCAAUACAUCUUCUCUGUGUCUCAUUUUAUUGUUUCUUACUGUUUUAUUAAAAAUGUAUAUUUAAGUAAUUUCUUGUACAGGUAUAAAUAAAUAAAUUUAAUAUCAUAU